AUGGGGGUGACUUCUUGGUUGAAAGGUUUGGCGCCAUUUUUGGGAAUGGUGAUAGUGGAAGCACUUAUUGUUGGCUUGAACACACUUUGCAAAGCAGCCAUGUCCAAAGGAAUGAAUCCCUUUGUCUACAAUGUCUACUCCAAUGCACUUGGCACUCUCAUUUUCCUCCCAUCUUUCUUCCUAAUUCACAGGGAAAAGAGACCACCACUAAGUUUCUCUCUCCUUUGUAAAUUCUUCCUCCUCAGUCUUUUUGGGACGACAGUGAUGCAGAGUUGUCUAUUUACUGGUGUUAACUACAGUUCCCCAACACUUGCAUCUGCUCUGAACAACCAAGUUCCAGCCAUCACUUUUGUGCUUGCUGUUUUCUUCAGAAUGGAAAAAUUAGACCUGAGAAACUCAAAAAGCCAGAUCAAAAUAAUGGGCACUCUAGUGUCAAUCGCAGGAGCAUUGAUAGUCACCAUUUACAAAGGCCCCGCAAUUGUGGACCCUCAAUUUCAAUCUACUCUCAACACUUCUCCAUCACCAAAACUAUCUUCCCAUAUGAAUUUGACAGCGGCUAAUAAUUGGAUCAUCGGAGGCAUUUUCCUUACAUGUGCUAAUUUAAGCUUUGCAAUAUGGAGCACUGCUCAGGCAGCAAUACUCAAGGAAUACCCAUCACAGAGGACCAUACUUUUCUUCUUAUACUUCUUUGGGACCCUUCAAUGUGCAAUACUUGCUUUAGCUAUGGAAAGAGAUCCAAGUGCAUGGAUAAUCACACCCGAUAUUGAGCUCAUCUCCGUCCUCUAUACAGCUUUCUUUGGAUGUGUGGUAGCGUAUUCUAUAAUGACAUGGUGCAUAGACAAGAAAGGACCCGUCUUCGCGGUCAUGUUUAAGCCCGUCGGGGUUGCUAUUGCUGCCUUCAUGAGCACCCUCUUUCUAGGCGACGCGUUGUAUAGUGGAAGGUAA